AUGCAAGCGAGAUCCCUUACCCCCCUUCCGUUCGCGCUGUUCAAGGAGGCAAACACGUGGGUAGAAUCGUUGAUUGCGACACACAUCGUGCACGUGCAAAGGCGGGGCAGACGCAAUGAGCCUCCUCGCGAGGGCCCUUCGCUCAAUUGGGAUCUUCUCGCCGACGGCAGGAUCCUGAAGAGACAGAUCGAGGGCGGCGAGGGAGCCCUCUACCCCUCCCCUCAAAUGAACGUCACGAUCGAGUUCUCGCUCCACACGCUCUCGGGAUUCAAGAUCGCCGACACACGCGCCCUUAACACCACAAUGAUGGAGUUUCCGUUUGCGGACGCCAUGCCAGGCAUGCAGAUCGCCCUCGCGAGCAUGCGCAAACUGGAGCGCUCAGUCUUCCUCCUCAGUCCCGAAAUGGGAUUGCCUUUCGACUUCUCUGUAGACCUUGAGUUGGACAAACGCGAGGACGAUCGCAGGCAGCAAACCCACGACGAGGACCUCCCGCCAUCUCUGCGAGACGCGCGACGGAGAGAGGAAAUGGCGAGGACCGAAACGUCUCCGGCGAACUUGACGAGCUACACCGUCCGGGGCGGCGACUGGCUAGCAUUCGACAUCACCCUGUGUAAUAUCUAUGACCGCCAUAGACCGUGGUGGCGAAUCUCUCCUGACAUGGAAUUUCUGAAGAACCUCCCCGAGGAGCACAUCCCUGACAAUAUGACCCACGACGAGUGGCUCGAGUAUAAGGCGGACCAAGUGCGUGACAAAAUCCAGGACGAAAUGAGCACCAAUCCUGCUAGUCCGUACUGGGACGACAUCGAACCUGCGAUGAAUGACGUGCAGCGAGAGAGGGUUCAAAACUACACAACGAGGCUGUAUGGGCUCGACACGCCGCCGGACCCGCGACGCGACGGCAGCCGGGGAUUCCGGGACAGCGUUCUCGGUCGCUCCGGUGGCAUGCGGCACGGCUGCGAAAUGGGCGAUCGUAUGAUGGGUAAAUCGAAGCACUACGUGUGGAGAGAGAGCGUCUUUAAUUUCGAGAUCGUUCUCUUUGUUCGCGACGGCAUCCGGGCAGAGCACGUCACGUGGCACAUCACCAGCAAGCGCCUCGACAUCUUCUUCGGCGGCAAACGGCAAGAGGCACAGGCAAACGAGAGAGAGAGGCAGGCGCAGCGAAACGAAGAGGAGCGUAGAGAGAUGAGGUCGGGAUAUCGAUGGUAG